AUGGGAAUGACGGUUGUAAAGCAAGUUGCGGAUGAACUGUUGGGGUGGAACGUGCUGAAUUUAGAAGAAGUCCACACCGUUUGCUGCGAGAAGGUGGAGCAGGACGCGGCGAGGAGGAUAGUGCACAUGGUCCUGAUGAAAGGCUCGGAGGCCUGCGACCUCUUCCUCAGAUCCCUUGAAAAGUGGAAUUAUCCUCUGUUCCAGGACUUGAACGGACAAAGUAAGUGUCACGGCGGCCAGCUGUCAGAAGCUGACCAGCUGACGCAGGACUUAAAGGACCUGUACCUGACCCCGUCUUUCCUGAACUUCUACCCGCUGGGGGACGACAUCGACAUCAUCUUCAACCUGCAGAGCACCUUCACGGAGCCGGUGCUCUGGCGGAAGGACCUCCGCCACCGCCGCGUGGAGUCGCUGAGCCUGGGCGACCUGCUGCGCGCGCUGCAGAGCCCCUGCAUCAUCGAGGGCGUCGGCAAGGGCAAGUCCACGCUGCUGCAGCGCGUGGCCGUGCUCUGGGCGUCGGGCGCCUGCGCGGCUCUGGCCCGGUUCCGGUUCGUCUUCUUCGUGCGCCUGAGCAGGGCCCGGCGCGGGCUCUACGACACGCUGUGCGAGCAGCUGCUGGACGGCCCCGAGCGCGUGCCCCGGCGGCCCUUCCUGGCGCUGCUGCUGCGGCUCCGCCACCGGGUCCUCUUCCUCCUGGACGGCUACAACGAGUUCCGAGCCCAGGACUGCCCGGAGCUCGAGGGGCUCAUCAAGCAGAACCACCGCUUCAAGAACAUGGUGCUGGUCAGCACCACCACCGACUGCCUGUGCCACAUCCGCCGGUUCGGCGCCCUGACGGCCGAGGUGGGGGACAUGGCCGAGGACAGCGCGCGCGCCCUCAUCCGCGGGGUGCUGGACCAGGAGCAGGCGGCCGGGCUGCUGCAGCAGCUGCGCGCGUCCCGGGCGCUGCGGAACCUCACGCGCACGCCGCUCUUCGUGGUCCUCGCGUGCGCGCUGCAGAUGGGGCAGAGCGCGUUCCAGUGGAACACGCACACGGCGCUCUUCCGCACCUUCUACGACCUGCUGCUCCAGAAGAACCGGCACCGGCGGCCCGGGGUGGCCGCGGGGGACGUGGCGCGGAGCCUGGCGCGCUGCGGGGACCUGGCCCUGGACGGCGUCUUCUCGCGCCGCCGCGAUUUCGACCUGGACGACGUGGCCAGCGCCCACGAGCCCGUGCUGCUGAGCACGGGGCUGCUCUGCAAGAUCACGGCGCAGAGGCUCCGGCCCCAGUACCGGUUCUUCCACCAGGCCUUCCAGGAGUACGUGGCGGGCCGCCGGCUCAGCCAGCUGCUCACGUCCCGCGAGCCCGGGGACGUGGGCCGGGCGCGCGGCCUCCUGCGGCAGAUGGGGGGCCUGGGCGACAUCACCUCCAGGUACCGCAGCCUGCUCCUGUACACCUGCGGCUCGUCGGCGCGGGCCGCCCGCGAGGUCCUGGGCCACCUGGCGGCCGUGCAGGAGCGCGGCGGUGGCCCGCAGGGCCCGGCCCCCGCCCCGCCGCCGCCGUCGCCGUCAAUGCCCCUCAGCGGCCGAGGCGUCCCGGAGCAGCACCCGCUCGGGGCCAGGAGCGUGGAAGCGUUGGCCGAGCUCGGCGUCCAGCUGUUCCGCGAGAGCCCCGACCAGCAGGCGCUGAGCCGCGACUUCGAAGCUUUCUUCCGCGGCAAGAGCCUGUGGAUCGACUCCGAGCGCAUCUCGGACGAGCUGAUGGAUUUCUUUGAGCACUUGCCCAACUGUGCCAGCGCGCUGGACUUGGUGAAGCUGGACCUCUCCGGGGGUCCUCUCGGGGCGCAGGCCCGGCACAGACAGCCCGCGGCCGGCCGGCAGCUGCAUCCCCGGCCGGCCGUGUCUCUGUUCUUCAGCUGCAAACAGGAGUUCAAGCACCUGGAGGUGGCCCUGCGGGACUGGGGCAGGAUGAACAGGCAGGACGUGAAGUACCUGGCGAAGAUCUUCAGCUCCGCAGCCGGCCUCAGCCUGAAGGUGAAGCGCUGUGCCGGCCUGGCCGGGCACCUCGGCGCCAUCCUGCGCAGCUGCAAGCACGUCGGAGCACUCGCGGUGGACGCCUGUCCUCUCACCCGGGAGGACGAGGAGAGCAUCACAGCUGUGGCCAGCCUGGAAAUCUUGCGAAUUCACGCCAUCCGGAUGUCUCGGCUGCCGGGCGGCCUGACCGACAGCGUGGGGAACCUGGAGAACCUAACCACGCUCGUCCUGGAGCGCGUGCAGCUGAACGAGGAGGACGCCGUGAAGCUGGCCGAAGGCCUGACGAGGCUGAAGAAGGUGCUGGUGCUGAGUUUGAGCGGCUCGCCCGGGGUUGGGGCGGGAAUAGAUCACAUCGCCAGGGCCCUCUCGGCCCAGCCGCGGGACCUUGAGGAAAUGCGCUUGGUCUCCUGCUGCCUGUCGGCCAGCGCCACCAGGACCCUCGCACAGAAUCUUCACAAUUUGGCCAGACUGGUCGUUCUUGAUUUAUCUGAAAAUCACCUGGGAAAGGAUGGAAAUGAAGCGCUCCAUGACCUGAUUGACAGACUGAACAUUCUGGAGCGCCUGACGGAGCUGAGGCUGCCAAGCGGGAGCGGCUUCCGGGGGGCCCUGCCACGCCUGCUGGGGCAGCUGGAGCGAGCACCGCAGCUCACCACGCUGGGGCUGAGGAACUGGGGCCUGACGGACGCCGAGACGGGGCCUCUAGGUACGUUUCUGGAGAAGACGCCACUGAAACACUUGCAGCAGCUGGAUCUGGCGGGAAACUGCGUGAGCAGUGACGGAUGGUUUGCCUUCCUGGGCGUACUGGAGAAUCUUGAGCAGUUGGUGUCCUUUGACUUCAGCUCUGAGAGCUUUCUGCCCGAUGCCCCACUGGUCAGGAAACUCGGCCGGGUGCUGUACAGUUUACCUUCUCUGCAGGAAGCCAGGCUUAUUGGGUGGGAGUUUGAUGAUUAUGACCUCAGUGUUGUUAAAGGCGAUUUUAAACUGGUCACUGCUUAG